AUGGAGCCAAUUACUACGAUCCAUAAAACUGUCUAUGAUGGUAUCAAUGCUGCUCUACCAUCGCAAUGCCAGCGUGGUAAAACGGUCCUGAUCACUGGUGGUGCCGGCGGAAUCGGUUUCGCUAUAGCCCGUGCGUUCGCAAUUGCAAAUGCCUCGCAUUUGAUCUUGUUGGGACGCGACCGGCUUCGCCUAGAAAGAGCAACAAAACGCCUACAACAAGAAGUUCCGUCGUUCUCGGGUCAGGUCAUGACUCAAGUAGUAGAGCUUGCGGACCCCGAUAGCCUGGAAUGUGUCUGGAAAAAUGUCCUGGAAACUUCCUUGGCAGUCGAUGUGCUUAUUCUCAAUGCGGCAUACAUGGGCGAGAGCCAGGAUAUUCUGCAAAAUGGGUGGCGCCAAGUCUGGGAGCAGUAUGAGGUGAAUGUGCGCGGGAAUCUGACGCUCGUCGACAAAUUCGUACGGCAGACACAAGUCGAAGGGAGAAGCAAAAAGUUCAUUGUGGAUGUGACGUCAGAUGCAAUCAAUAACUACGAAGCCAUGGAAGGCCAACGACCUUAUGCCGCGACAAAAGCAGCCUGGACUUGCCUUCUGCAACAUAUUGCAUUCGAAAUCCCGGUAUCAGACGUUCAAAUCAUCAAUAUGCACCCUGGUGGCAUUUACACAGACACCAUCGCCCAAAUGCUGCCGCGGGAUUGCUAUGAAUGGGACAAUGGUGCGAUGCACUUCUUCGAUCCAAUACAUUAUGCUCCUGCUAACAUAGAUACUUUCAUAGAAACUCUCCCUGGGAACUUUGCUGUAUGGGCUGCGACGAAUGAGGCAGCUUUCCUUCAUGGACGAUAUUGUUGGGCAGGAUGGGAUAUAGAGGAGAUGCGGAAGAAACUGGGCGAUAAGGAGUUGGCAAAUCAGCAGUUUUUGAGGGUCGGGGUGAUCGGAGUCAAAGACGCCGUGUUACAAGAAUGA